AUGCUUCACCAGUUCGACCCGGGCUCUGUUGCUGAAGCUCGCCAGAGAGCUCUAUUGGUGGAACAGCAAACUCGCAUCAGCACCGAUCAAUGGACGGGGAACCCACGACCUCGUACAACCACAACCACCACAGACGACACUAAAUCUUCAACGGGACGUGAUACUACAGGAACUCGAGUGGAUAUUCGACCAACGAAAACCGCUCCUGCAGCAACGGAACCUCGACCUUCCCGUCCUAACGCUCUCUGUUGUUUUACAUGUGGUGAACGUGGCCACAUACAAAUGGCUUGCCCUAACAAGGGUCGCCGGGGCCUAAUUGCCAGUGAUCGUGAAAUAAUUGGUGAACCUAUUUACGAUGAGGACGAGGAGCAUUGCGAUGAAGCCGAAGAAGAACAAGUUCAUGGUGAUACGGGUACGUUUCUCAUGCUUCGCCGCAAUUGUCUUGCUCCAAAAACGACCGAGGCUUGGCAGCGCACGUCGUUGUUCACCUCGACUUGCACCGUCAAAGGCAAGAUUUGUCGCUUCGUGGUUGAUUCGGGUUGUUCAGCUAAUGUAGUUUCAGAAGAGGCAGUUCGUAAACUCACACUUACACCAGAGGCAUAUCCACAUCCUUACCGAUUAUUAUGGAUGCAAACCGGCGCAGAAGUCUUUGUGUCUCAACGAACAAUGGUAUCCCUCUCUAUCGGGUCUUUCUACAAACACAAUCUAUAUUGUGAUAUCGCGCCAAUGGAUGUCUCACAUAUCAUAUUAGGACGGCCAUGGCAAUACGAUAGAGAAGUUCUCCACAACGGCAAAACAAACACCCAUUCUUUUAUGUUUGAGGGACGCAAAAUCACAUUGCUUCCGACACUGGAGUCAGACCUAUCAGUUUCCAGUCACAACAAGCAUACUUCACCAAAGCAAAACUUGUUGAUCAUUACUAGGUCACAGUUUGAGCUGGAACUCCGAGAAUCUAGCCCUUUGUUCGUAUUGGUUGCAGUCACGCCACCACCAUCACAACACACCCCGUGUCCGCCGGCUUUCUCUCCUCUUUUACAAGAGUUUGACGAUCUUUUCCCAGAGGAACUGCCGUCCGGGUUACCACCUUUACGGGACAUUCAACAUCAUAUUGAUCUUGUGCCCAACGCGGUUCUACCGAAUCAUGCACACUAUCGCAUGAGUCCUGAAGAACAUGAAGAGCUCCGCCGCCAAGUAGAGGAACUCCUCCUCAAAGGUUAUGUUCGUGAAAGUUUAAGCCCUUGCGUUGUCCCAGCUUUACUUAUAUCGAAGAAAGACCGCACUUGGCGCAUGUGUGUAGAUAGUCAUGCUAUCAACAAAAUCACAACACGGUAUAGGUUUUCGAUACCACGCCUUGAUGAUCUAUUAGAUCAAAUAGGGAAGGCGUCUAUCUUCACCAAAUUGGACCUCAAAAUCGGCUACCAUCAGAUUCGAAUUCGACCUGGGGACAAGUGGAAAACUGCUUUCAAAACUCGCGAGGGAUUGUUCGAGUGCUUAGUUAUGCUGUUUGGUCUCUCUAACGCACCAAGCACGUUUAUGUGUAUCAUGAAUCAAGCCUUGCGACCCUUUAUUGGUCGGUUUGUGGUCGUAUAUUUUGAUGACAUUCUUAUCUUCAGUACCACAUUAGAGGAGCACCUCGGCCAUCUCUGUGACGUCUUACUGGCUUUACAGAAGGAACAGUUGUUCAUCGCCAAGCACAAGUGUGAAUUUGGAGUGUCUCAGGUCUUGUUCCUCGGGUACGUGGUGUCAUCAACAGGCUUGCGUGUUCAUCCACAGAAGGUUGAAGCCGUGGCAUCAUGGCCAACGCCUAAGACUGUCUCGGACGUCUGCAGCUUUCAUGGACUAGCCUCGUUCUACAGGCGUUUCGUCCACAACUUCAGUGCUAUAAUGGCACCGAUUACAGGCUGUAUGAUAGGCAUAUCGUUUACUUGGACCGCAGAAGCUAACGAGGCGUUUGCUAUUAUCAAGGAGAAAAUCACGUCGGCUCCCAUUCUAGUGUUGCCCAACUUUGAUUCACCCUUUGAACUGCAUUGUGAUGCUUCGAAGCUUGGUAUUAGGGCCGUAUUGAGUCAACAUGGGAAGCCGGUUGCGUUUUAUAGUGAGAAGUUGGCAGGAGCACGCAGCCGCUACAGCACCUAUGAUAUCGAGUUUUAUGCUAUAGUCCAAGCCAUAGAGCAUUGGCGUCACUAUCUGGCGCAUAAGGAGUUCAUCUUAUAUACCGAUCACGUUGCGUUAAAAUAUUUGGGCACUCAAGAUAAGAUUUCUUCUCGUCAUGCCUCGUGGACUGCCUAUUUACAGCAGUUUACUUUCGUUAUCAAGCAUCAGUCGGGAAAGCUAAAAAAAGUAGCCGACACCUUGAGUAGACGCCAUGCCCUGGAUUCUAUCUUGUGCCAGACAGAGUUCGCCCAUAACCACGCGCAUAACCGGAGCCCUGGCUUCAGUCUGUUCAAAGUGGUGUAUGGGUUUGUGCCGCGGGGGCCUUUGGCAUUAACGUCUCUUCCUCAGGUCGGUGAGUUUCAUGGGAGAGCUCUGGAUCUUGUGGAGGAACUGGCACACAUUCAUACAGUGGUGCAUGAUAACUUAGAGGCUUCUUCUUCGAAGUAUAAGCAGGCUGCGGACAGACGCAGGCGUGAACUCCAUUUGCAGGUGGGUGACUAUGUUUGGGCCGUCCUUACUAAGGACCGGUUUCCUACCGGCCAGUACAAUAAAUUGAAGCCACGAAAGAUCGGCCCUGUCGAAGUCCUCGAGAAAAUCAACCCCAAUGCUUAUCGUUUGCGAUUACCAUCUCAUAUACAUACUGCUGAUGUUUUCAAUGUGAAGCACUUGUUCAAGCAUGAGCCGGAUGAUGAUGCACUAUCGGGAUUCGUUGACGAAUCUUCCGUACGGGAGGGGACCUGA